AUGGAUUUCACAACAAUGACCAUGACGAGCAAUAUGGCUGCUAGUGCCACUACAACGGCUACGCCUACACAUACAUCGAUGAAUUCUUCUUCAAAUCCCAACAUUGAUAUGGAUUCUAACCAGCACACACCUUCUAUCUUAAUAAAUAAUAAUUCGGAUUCUUCUAAUGCGAAGACUACAGAUUUCAACGGCAUCAAUAAUAUUCACCAAAAAAGCGUCACGAGCAAUAAUACAAAUAACGUCCAUUUGUACUCGCCUAAUAUAAUGGACCAGACACUACUAACUCCGCAAGAUAUUGCUAAAUUACGGAGAGAGUCCAUAGCCCAUUCUCAAGGGAUGGGCGGUGUUUCGUGGGGGUCCAUUAGCGUUGGUUCUUGGUUGAGAGAUGAGAUUAUCAGCCGUAGAAGUAGUAUUGUGCCUCCUUCAGCAAACAGUGCUGUCGCUGCCGCUGCUGUUCCCCCCGCCGUUUCUACCACUGCUACCAACACUUUACAAAUCCAACAACCUACUAAGAGACCUUCUGUGAGUAAUCCUCCUUACCACAGAGGGUACUCUAUUUCUCCGCAAAUUGCUUACACUGCUUAUUUGCCAAACUUGGAAAAGCAAUAUUGUAAGGACUAUUCGUGUUGUGGUCUAUCGUUACCUGGGCUGCAUGAUUUGUUAAGACAUUAUGAAGAAGCGCAUAUAUCUACGUCGCCUAACACGACUAACAUGUCGCAAAUACCGAUGAACUCUACUGGCACAACAAACUCAUCAUCUCGUAUGACUAAUAAUAAUUUGAAUAACAACAAUAACAACUACAAUCAACACAAUAACAUGACCGCCAAUACUAAAAAUGCAGCUCAGAAAAGAAAUAAUGCACAAGCUCAUAAUGGCAAUACGACUAAUAACACUUCUAUGCAUGCCAAUCUUGAAAACAACAUGGAUUCCAACUCUAUAAUACGACAAUCUCAGCAUCCUCAACACCAGCAGAAUAUAAUACAGCAACAACUGCAGUCAAAUUCUGUCGCCAACACAUCAGGAGCCGUGCCGGCACCAAGUACGAUAGCUUCGGCAGCGACAUCGUCUACAACUGCAAAUUUGAACGCUAUAUCUUUAACAGGGGCUCCAAAUCCGAAUUUAUCGAUGGCCAAUCAUUCUCAACAGUUACAUUUGAACGGGAACUUGGUGGACGCAGUUUCUACUAAUGAUGUGUUUUUAAGAACUAAUUCUCCGUCAAGACAUGCCCCAAACAAUAAAUUAACGAAUCUAAACAACAAUACUGGAAUCAACAUUAACAACAAUAACAAUAAUAACUCACACAAUAACAAUAAUAAUAAUAUCAACAUGGGUAACAAGAAUAUUAUGGUGAAUCGUCCUCACACUUUUAACAACUACUCUCUCAACAAAACGUCAAGAACAUCUAUUCCAAACCAAUCAAGAAAAAUUGAUCCUCACCAAACAGAUUUGUCCCCCUUAGUUCUCGUUCAAGAUAUUGAUUUGAGUUUUAUGGAUGAUGACAUUUUAGGACCUGGUAACCACAACCCUAUGAACUCUAACGUAAACACGGCGGCAAACCCUCAUAAUUACAAUACUUUCCAUCCCUCUAUGCAUACUAAAUCUUCUCAAAACAUGGUGGACGACCAAGAUAUUGACGAUAUCGACGAUGAUGAUGAUGUAGAUGAUGAUGACGAUGACGAUGACGAUGAUGAUGAUGCAGAAAACGGAUCAGCAUCUAAUGCAAAAUCGGUGCAUAAUAACAACUACAAAUUGCCUCAGCAAGCUUACAUAGAUGACCCUGCCAGAAGGCUUUAUGUCAUGGAUCAUGAAGAGCAAAAACCAUUCAAGUGUCCAGUCAUUGGUUGUGAAAAGACUUAUAAAAAUCAAAACGGUUUGAAGUAUCAUAGAUUGCAUGGUCACCAAAAUCAAAAAUUACACGAGAAUCCAGAUGGUACUUUUAGCGUUAUAGAUCCAGAUUCUACAGAUUCAUUUGGUGAUGGAAUGGGAUCUGCUAAGGAUAAACCUUACCGUUGUGAAGUUUGUGGUAAGAGAUAUAAGAACCUAAACGGUUUAAAAUAUCACAGAGGUCAUUCCACUCAUUAA